AAUGGUGUCCAGUAAAGUGGUGUGUUUGGUCGCCCUCGCCCUCUUCGGGAGCGUGGCAGCGCAACCAGCCAAGGAUGCCUUCUGGAAGGGAACCCCUAUGGACAGCAUGGUCGAGGAGAUGAGGUCCGGCUGCGCCGAAGGAUCCGACCCGACCGCCUGCAUCAAGUACAAGGUCAUGUCGCUACUGGACUCCAUUUUCAAAAAGGACACUUUCCAGAUCUCUGAUGUUGUCGAAGUGACGAAGAACGGCGCUGGCAACGACGUGACUGGCCGAUCCACUGGCGACUUCUUCGACGGGGUCGAGAACUACAUUCAGUCCCACGACGUGACCUUCAAGCUACCAAUCGCCGACACUCAGAUCACCGUCAGCCCGAGGAACCUUGACAACGACGAGUUGACCCUCAACGUCAAGUUCAACAAGGAAGGCGCUCGUUCAGUUGGAGAAGCACGCAAAGCUAAGCUCAAGAAAAUCAUCGUCCCCAUCUUGGUGUUCGUUCUGCUCAAGGCCAUGACCCUCAUCCCAUUGGCUAUCGGCGUCCUCGGUCUGAAGGCUUGGAACGCUCUUCAGCUGUCUUUCUUCUCCUUCGUUGUCUCCGUGGCUCUGGCUAUCUUCCAGCUUUGCAAGAAGAUCGCGGCUGACAACUCGCACCCUCAAAUCGCUGCCCACGGUCCUUGGGACGCCGCCUACGCAGCAACCCGCCACAGGAGGGAGACCGAACCCCAGGAGCUCGCCCAAGAAAUGGCAUACAACGCUUACCAUUAGACCGAAAACACGAACCAAAACCAUCGACCUUCCAUCCCGAAACCGUUCGCGACUGACGCUGUAAAAAAAAUACAGUCUCAACUGCGAACGGUGCAAGACCAGACCAAAAAGGUUUCGAUAGAAGCCGUUACCGUGUAAAUAUUAUUUAAAUGCGACUUAU